AUGUGGUUCCUUCUUCCGUUUGCGUUUAUCUUCCCCAUCGUCCAAGCCGGUUUGUUUUCUUCUUUGAACUUUUCGUCAGAAAGAACCAUUCAAGCCCAAUUAAUCCUUGUUUUCCUUGAUAUCUUAUUGCAAUCAUCAAUUACAGAUACCUGUGACCUGAACAAGGAGCCCAAAACCUGGGCUUCAAUUUAUGCUCACAACGUCGUCACAUAUGCCAUUCAGGCGCCGGCUGGAUAUCCGGACUUCACUUUUUGUUACGAGGUCUUUCUCAGUUGAAAAAUUUCUGACCUCAGCUCUUAGUGUGACUUCUGAAUGAGACUAGUCUCCCUAUUUUUAAUUUUAUACGUUAAUUCCAAAACCGCUUUUAAUUGAAGCCCUAUACCUCAGUAAAAAAGCUACGGGCUCUCAAAAGUCGAAAAGGCUCAGAAUCAGCUCAUUUUAGUGGGUAAAGAGAUCGUGUCAUCAUGGUAACGAGGUACUAUUUCUUUUGCAACUUGAGAAAACGAGUUCAGAAUGACGUCUCGAGCAAAACAAUCACAGUUCAUUCGCAUGUUCACAUCGCCCGAAAUAAUAUGGUCUACAACGACACCGUCACUCCUGCACGUCCCAGUAAGUCUUUUUGAGAAUUUUAGAAAGAAACUAACUUCAAGGAUUUAUUUCAAUCCAAAAAAUUCUGAUAGAAAAAGUGAGCGCAUUGCCGAAAAGACUUAACCUAUUAUACGUUUUUUAGUUUUCCCACUGAGACCUCUCAAAAAUAGACGAGAGUAAUGAUUGAAUCAUCUGCAGGCGUCUCCAACUGCGCCAACUUCAAUCCGCAGCUCGUUUACUGCAAAAAUCACUGCGCUGACACGGUCAUUUUGAAGAGGAUGAUCGAUAUUGCGGUCAACAACAGCGUGCCUUCGGCGAUUUCCAGCGGGGUCAGGCAAAGAUCUUUGACAUGUGAAGUGCAAAAAAAAUGAUUAUUCGAUUAAAAUUGUACAGAGACAAUUUUGAGACGCUCGAAACUCCCCAAAAAAAUUUAGAGUUUUUAAGAAGAAAAUAGAUCCCUCUCUUUUUUUCCUUUAAUGGUACAUUCAAUCUUUCUCGGCUUGGAAGAUGAAGCGGGUAGAUUGAUAAGAGUGAAGCGUUGCGUGCGCGUCGCGGCUCUUGACGAAGAAGUUAAAUUUUAAGAUCUUUAUUCAACUAAACUUUUUCAAAUCCAUACAAAAAAUUUAAAAAAAAGGAACAAAACAGGUGACUCGCCGCCAAAAGAGGCGUCGCAGACGAACCGCUUCCCGCUGCCAAUCUACCCAUCUUACUUUUCAAGUCGGGGAAACUGGCUGUAUUUUUCAAAGUUUGAAGUACCAGAAUUUGACUAGAGCGCAAAAGACGCAUUUUUCAGUUACUUCAAGAAAGUUGCAUCAUUUAUUGCACUACUUUUUACACGUCCUUUUGGAAUUUAUAUGACCAGAGCAUUCAGAUUUACCAUGACAUGGACGAUCCGUAUGAUUGGACUGUUUCCACGUUUGAAGUGGACCCUUCAGCUAACGCUAAGAUAGACUACGAAUAUUACAACGAUCGACGCUUUUGUGCGGUUCAACUCAAGGUGCAAGACAAAAAGAUAGUUGGAUCAUUAAAAGUUAAACAUUUCAGGCGAACAACACUCCUUACUCGCUACUCAUAGUCGCAGCUGAAUAUUACCUAUACUAA